AUGGCACGGCUUCGGAAGGAAUCCUUUAGCGACGAUGAUCUGGAACUCGUCAGUUCCCAAGCGGCAAAUCUGUCUCUUCAUCAAGGCGUUCAAACGCCGCACAAGCUACCCAGCAAGCCGAGCAAUCCGGUCGACCUGACGGAUAGCCCAAUACCCACGAUCCAAACGCCGGCGGCUGCGACCCCAAAGCCAAGUUUCGGCCAUCCAACCCAGCUGACCCCACGUUUCGGUCAACAACAGAAAAAGGAUAACAGCCAUGUCUUUAUCCAGCGCAAGACCCGGCCAGAGUUUCACAGCGGCAUGUAUAGGAGUUCAGGUCCUCUGAAGCCGAAAAACGAGCCCAAAAAGGGACCGCCCUUGCAGAUGUUCAGCUCCUUGGGUGCGGACGCCCAGCCGGCCUAUCAAUACACUCAGCCUGCGGGGUCAUACGGGGAUCAGGUCUUCUACACAGAUCCGAACAAGGCUUCUGCUGACUUGAAAGCUUUGCUUGAGGGCAGCAUGGAGGACGAGGAGGAAGAGGAGGAAGAAGAAGUCGGCAAGACCGAAGAGAAGGCCGAGGAGAAGACAGAGAAACCAAAAGCAGAGACGAUUGAGGACGGGACUUUGGAAGGGAUCAAAGUCAAAUUGCUUCCUCACCAGGUGGAAGGGGUGAGAUGGAUGCGUGGGCGUGAAGUCCUGCAGCAAAAGAAGGGGAAGGUGACCAAGGGGGGCAUUCUCGCAGACGAUAUGGGUCUUGGAAAGACGCUGCAGAGCAUCUCGCUCAUCGUCAGCAACCCCAUGCCCAAGCCCGAGGACGAAGGGUGGAAAAAGCACUUCAGCCAAAUGACGAGGGCAACGCUUGUAGUGGCGCCACUCGCUCUCAUUCGGCAGUGGGAGGCCGAGAUCAAGGACAAAGUGUCUAAAGGACAUGAACUCCGCGUCUACGUGCACCACGGGCCGCAGCGGCUCAAAGACCCCAAGCUCCUCGCCAAAUACGAUGUGGUCAUCACCACAUAUCAGAUUCUGGUGUCUGAGCAUGGGAACAGCCACUCAGACCCUGCAAAGAGCCCACAAGUAGGCUGUUUUGGCGUCCACUGGUUCCGGGUCAUCUUGGACGAGGCACACAGUAUCAAGAACCGCAACGCCAAAGGUACAAAGGCGUGCUGUGCCCUUCGAUCCGAGUACCGCUGGUGCCUUACCGGCACGCCCAUGCAGAACAACCUUGACGAGCUCCAGUCGCUUGUCAACUUCCUCCGGAUCCCUCCUUACGACGACCUCGCCGAAUGGAGAGCCAACAUCGACGCCCCAAUGAAGAGCGGCAAGGGCCACAUUGCCAUCCGGCGGCUACACAGUCUGUUGCGUCUCUUCAUGAAACGGCGGACCAAGGACAUCCUCAAGGAAGAAGGUGCUUUAGUAGCAGGCGGCAAAAAGGCACUCGACGCGGCUAAGGAGAAGGCGAAGAAGGAAGGCCGGGACGAAGAAGACGUGCCCAAGCCCGCCUUCAAAGUCACCCAGCGCAAGGUCGUCACGGUCGAAACAGAGUUCUCCGAGGCCGAGCGCGAGUUUUACGACCAGCUUGAGGAGCGCGCCGACAAGAGUCUUGAGAGGAUGAUGAAGGGCAAAGUCAACUACGCCAAUGCCCUCGUGCUUCUAUUGCGCCUACGUCAGGCUUGUAACCACCCCCGUCUGUCGGAAACGAAGAUUGAAAAGGACAGCGAGGCCCUUGCCGCCGAGACUGUGCCACAGCUCAAGGCGGCCACUUCAGACGACUUGGAUGAUUUGGCCGAUGCGUUCGGGGGAAUGGGCAUCCAGACAAAGCAGUGCGAGAUGUGCUUGAAUGACCUGGAUAAAAAGGCGGCGGCUGCCGGUUUGCUACGCUGUACCGAGUGCGUCGAGAGCCUGCGCAAGGUCAACGACGAAAGCCCUAGCCGGAAGAAGCCUAAGAAGGACGGCAGGAGAGUCAGUGUGGUGAACGAAGAGAUCCAGAUCGAGAAGAUGGCAAAGCGGAAGCCCAAGGGCCGCAGGAUUAUCACUGACAGCGAUGAUGAAGAAGAUGAAGGGAGCUGGCUGGUUGGUGAAGACCAGCGUGGGUCUCUCCGCCUCGGCGUAGCCGGGGGCGAAGACGAUGAAAAUGCUGAGGGCGGCGGUGAGGACAUUGCCUCCGACGAUUCAGAUCACUCUUCGGAAGAGGAAGAGGGGAGUCAGCUGGACAGCUUCAUCGUCAAGGAUGAGGACGUACACGAAGGCGAGCAGGAAGAGUCCGGCUCUGACACGGACGACGAGACGUUCGUAUCCGUCUCCAAACUCAGCUCACAGGUCGUAUCCAAACGAUCCCCUUCCAACAACGGGCGUGGGUCGUCAGACGAGGGCGACGACGACGAAGGCAUCUCCGAGUCUAAGCUUCUCUCCGCCACCAACUCCGACUCGGAAGACGACGACCUCCCUGUCCGUCGCCGUGGGGCAAAGUCCGCCUCCUCCAAAACCAACAACAAUCGCAGCAGCAGAACCAACCCCGAUUCGGGCCACCACACCAUCAUGAUCUCAGCCAAAAUCCGCGAGCUCCUCUCCAUCCUCCGCAAAGAAGCCGCCGAGCACAAAUUCAUCGUCUUCUCCCAAUUCACCUCCAUGCUCGACCUAAUCGAGCCCUUCCUCCGCGCCCAACCAGGCCUCAAAGCCGUCCGCUACGACGGUAAAAUGCCCAAUGACGCCCGCGAAGCCGCCCUCCACGCCCUGCGCACCGACCCCCACACCCGCAUCCUCCUGUGCUCCCUCAAAUGCGGCUCCCUCGGCCUCAACCUAACCGCCGCCACGCGCGUCGUCAUCGUCGAGCCCUUCUGGAACCCCUUCGUCGAGGAACAGGCCAUCGACCGCGUGCACCGUCUCACGCAGACUGUCGACGUCGUCAUCUACAAACUCACCGUGGCCGGGACCGUUGAGGCGCGGAUUUUGGGACUGCAGGAUAAGAAGCGGAAGCUGGCGGAGGCUACGAUUGAAGGUGGCACGCGGAAGGGGAAGAAGGGGCAGUUGAAAUUGGGGCUGCAGGAGAUUUUGGAUUUGUUCAAGCAUGAUACCAAGUCGUCGCUGGGUGGGGUGGAUCCGAAUGGGUUGGAUGAGAAUCCGGUUGUGGUGGGGGAUAUUGGGAGUAUGAAGCGCGGGGGGGGGGUGAAGAAGAAGGAGCAUGAGGUGUAUGGGAGGCGGUGGUAG